AUGGCUCAACAACCAGAAUCGCCCAGAUUAUCUUUACCCGAAAAUCAAGCUACGAUUCAGAAUCAUAGAAUUCAGCGAGAGGUUGAUAAUAUUAGACGGUAUUUUCAAAGCCCAACUACAAUAACACCUACAUUAAAUGAUAUUGUAAAUUAUCUUAACAUAUUCUCUGAUGCUGGUAAUAGGCUUGAACGAUUGGUACUAGAAAUAUACCCACGGGCAAAUGCUCGUGCAAUUAAUGCUGAAAACCGAGUAGCAGAUUUGCAAACCCAGCUAACAAAUUUGCAAACCCAGUUAGCUAAUUCACAAACCCAGUUAGACACACUUCAAAAUGACUAUGAUCUUCUUCAUCAGGCUUAUGAGGCCCACAGAAUGCAACAUAGUAUAUUUAAAUCUCAAGAACUUGAUGGUCGAAUUACAAUCCGUAUGCAAAAAAGACAAAUAUCAAAAUUGCUUCUAGAAAAAUUUACAUUGAGAUUCAAGAAUAGACGAAUCCAACGGCAACUACAAGAAUGUGAAUAUGAUGAGGAUAUUGAUAUUUUUAUUAGUCGAUUAUCGUCAUAUUUAGCUGGCACUGGUAUAGACCCAGUUGCCAAUCGGGAUCAAGCAUUUGGUAUUCUUAGAGGGUGUCUACAUGGGCGAGCAUUAGAAUGGUUUGAUCGAAAAAUUCUUGAUAAACAAUGGGAACUUCACAAUAUUUUUGCAAAUCAUGGCCAGGCUGGUAUGGGUGCUCUUCGGGAACGCACUAUGGCACAGAUGAAUACUAGUUUGUCUCCAGACUUGGAGGAUGAUGCUAAACGCAUUGGUACUGAGCAACCAUUAGCUGAUCUUUUUAAAAUUUUAGAGCGAAUUGAAAUGCGAAGAGCAGAGAAAAAAUUAAGAUUAGUUAAUAAAAUACCCAGUCUACCAUCACAACCAUUGCAGAUACCUCAACCUUAUUAUGGACCACAACCUCCUGGCACAUAUCAAAAAAUGCAAGAUAUAUUAAUAGACAGAUUUGUACAAUGGAUUACUGGGGAGGUUUCAGAAUUUGUUCCUAUCUCCAAGCCUGAUUUGCCUCCAAAACCAGGCUGUUAA